AUGCAAGGUGACACCACUCCAAUAAGGAAAGGAAGUACUCAACGAGGGGUGAGGAAGGAAGAGGCAAGAUACAAGUACCACUACUUCCCCGCCGGGAAAGUUUUAACUUCACUGAUCAUUUUUAAUGUUAGCGCGCAUCGAAUAGCACCACAACUUGAAGGAGCGCAACAGUCACACUCCAUUGCCAUUUUGGCGGUAUGA